AACAUCUCAUUCUGGCGCGACGCUCGGUCGUGCUUACUCGUGUCUUUGUAUAGAAUAAAUAUAGAACGUAUUUUUAAAUUCAAAAUGAAUAAUCUUAAGUUUCCCAUAUUAUUUCUUCUCACUUUAUUACCUUCGGAACUCAUUCAUGGACAACGGGAAAAUAAGUUUUUCCGUAAGGACUAUACGUAUAUCGAAUCAACUGAGAGCUUUUACAAAAUUCACACGUUAUUUAAGAAAUGGGUGGACGCUAAGAAGACUUGCGAAAUGGAGGGGGCUACUUUCUUUUACCCUGAUGACAAGUUUGAAUUCGAUGCUGUGACCACUUAUUGGAACACGACACAACCCUUCGAAUGGAUCAGUAUCGGGAUCUCAGCGCAGAUGGCCAAAGGAGUCUUCGAAACUGUUGAUGGUGUCUCCAUAAUGGACGUGUAUAACAAAUGGAAGCCGGGCGAGCCCAACGACUCUCAUAACAACGAAGAUUGCGUCGUCAUCCAUAGAAAUGACGGACUUAUGAACGAUGAUGACUGUGCGAAAUCUUUCCCAUUUAUAUGCAAGAAAACACUGGCUUCACUCGAGUGGAAUGUGAAUUGUGACAUUCCUAACACCGACUACGCAUACAGCGAUGUACUUGGCCGAUGCUACAAGAUGUAUUUGACCCCUAUGACCUGGUCCGAAGCAUACAGGGUGUGCAGUGCUGAUCAAUCGUACUUAGCGAUCAUAAAUACCAAGGAAGAGGCUGACCACUUAGUGAACAUGACGAGAUUAGCUCCAAAAGACAAAGUGAGAGGGAAAUAUUUGGCAGGCGCUGUGUUCCUUGGCUUCCAUAAUAAGAACAAAGAUGGAUGGACUACGAUUAAAGGCGGUGCCCUCGACAAUAGUGGCUAUACACAAUGGGGAAACGGACAACCAGACGGUGGAGACAAGGAACUUUGCGGCUCAAUGUUCUACAAUGGACAGUUAAACGAUAUAAGUUGCACACAAACAUGCUUGUUCAUUUGUGAGCACGACGUUUCCUCCACUUUCGAUGAACGCUUCGCUGAUUUAGAACAAGAAUAAUCGAUUGAAGAAAACCAAUUAUAUUUUCACUAUUAGAAGCGAUUUCAAUGUUUCGCUACAGUUGCCACUUUUUGUAAUAUUAGACGAAAGAUGGUUAUUUUAAAUUCAAGAAACGGGCUUAAGCUGUUUUGUUUAAAAACUUGUUUCUUCAAUUCUCACAGAAACCACCAAAAAUAACAAUUGUCAAAAAAUAAAAAUUCGAGAUAAAAUUAUGUAUAUCGCAAUUUAUAAAAAUGAAUUUGUAAUUUAAUUUUAUUUAUUAAAUAGGAAUACUUAUAGUUUAGAGUUUUAAGUUAAUAAAAUUGCAGGGGGGCCGCUUUAAAAAUAUCCGAACAAAAUCGAAAAAUACAUUUUCUCUCUGCUUAGUCAUAUGUAUAAAACUCGAAGUUUAACGGCCUCACUCAUUCGACGUCAAAGGAGGACAUCGUUCUCGAUUUUAAAAUUUUGUACAUUAUGACAAAAAAAAGGGAAAUUAAUAUUUCUCUGUAAUAUAUUACCUGAAAACAUUCGCACCUGUCUUCGUUUUCGGAAGCGGCAACCAGUGCAUCUUGAUUAGAAAUUGUUCUUAUUAAGGAAAAUUAUAAAUAAUAAAUGAUUAAAUACUCUCA